AUGUCAGGAACAGAAGCAAUACAACUUUUGAAUCAAUCUAGUGGAUAUGGAAUACUUGUUGGGGUAGGUGCUUUAUUUGCAAUUGGCAUGAUUUUAACCACAAAAUUGCUAGAAAAAUAUCUCCAUGAAGAUGCAAAAUCAACAGAAGUUUUUAUGGUUGCUAACAGGUCUGUAGGGAUUCCUUUAUUAGCCAGCUCGGUUUAUCUGAGCUGGACUUGGGCAACUGAGUUAUUAUGGGUAUGCACCAUGGUGUACAAUUAUGGAAUUAUGGCAUCAUAUUGGUAUUCUGCUGGACUCGCAGUUCAAAUCUGUCUCAUGGCAGUGAUUGGUAUUGAAGCUAAGAAAAAGAUUCCCGCUUGUCAUACUUCUUUGGAGAUUGUUGAAUUAAGAUAUGGAAAGGCGUGCCAUUUAUUAUUUAUGUUCUUAUCGUUGACUAAUAAUUUGCUCUCAUGCUGCUCAAUGAUUGUAGGGGCUGCAGGAGCAAUCUCUAUUAUUGCUGGUAAUCUACAUAUAGUUGCCAGUACAAUGCUUAUUCCGUUUGGUGUAUUAUUGUAUACCACCGUUGGAGGUCUAAAAGCUACUUUUCUAACAGAUUUUGUUCAUUCGUUCAUAUUGUUAAUCAUCCUAUGCUAUGUUGAUACAGCUAUUAUUUCAUCAAAAGAAAUUGGGGGACUAGAUGGACUUUAUGAUUUAGUAUUAAAACAUGAAUCGGAUAGAUAUAUUGAAGGUAAUUACAACGGAUCUUUUUUGACUGGAAAAUCUCAGGGUGCAAUAUUUUUUGGGAUUAUUCUAACCCUUGGGAAUUUUGGACUAACAGUGAUGGAUUCGUCAUUUUGGCAGAAAAGUUUUAGUGCUAAUACAAAAGCAAGUUUGCCAGGUUAUCUAAUCGCUGGAUUUUUUAUCGCCGCAAAUGUUUGGGGUUUAGGAUCAAUUGUAGGAUUAUCCAGUAUUGUAUUAGAAGGAACUCCUACUUUUCCUACUUAUCCUAGGAAAAUGACUCCCUCUGAAGUUAGCAGUGGAUUUGUGUUGCCCUAUACCGUAAAAGGAUUAUUAGGAAAUGGAGGAGUAGGUGCAAUUUUAUUAGUAAUAUACUUAGCAGUGACAUCCACUGUAAGUGCACAAAUGAUAUCUGUUAGCAGUAUUUUGUCUUUUGAUAUCUAUAAGAAAUAUAUCAAACCUGAUGCUCAGAAUCAUCAAAUGAUCAGAGUUAGUCAUUUUGGAGUUAUAUUUUUUGGCUUAUUUGCUGCAGGAUUCUCAGUAAUGUUGCAUUAUGUUGGCGUUGAUAUGACAUGGCUUGGAUAUUUUUAUUCAAUGAUUAUUUGUCCUGGAGUAAUCCCCUUAGUGUUUACCAUUACAUGGAGUAGACAAACAAAAUUGGCAGCUUUUAUUUCUCCAAUUAUUGGACUUGUUUGUGGGCUUGUUGUAUGGACGACUACAGCAUCUCAUUAUUACAAUGAAGUCACGGUUGCAAGCCUUGGUGGUCAAUUGCCUUGUAUGUUUGGUGGUUUAACAGCUCUCUUUUUACCUGGAAUUGUUAGCAUCGUAGUAAGCUUGACUAUACGACCACAUCGUUUUGACUGGAAUCAAUUAAGACGAGCAGAGCUUAUUAUCUCUGAAGAGGAUGAACAUAUACCUAACCAAAAGAUAGAGCUCGAUAGUUCAGAGGAAUCAAAUGGCAACAAAGAAAUCAUUGAUAAGGCGAGUCAGAAGACUAAUAUUAGAAAUAGAUAUGAUGAAACUGAUAGUGAUAAUGUGUAUGAUGAGCUGCUUGAAACAGAGGAACAAAAAAAUAGGUUAUUAACGACCUAUCUGAAGCUUGGUUAUGCGGCAUUUAUAUUUGUUCUUUUAAUCACUUGGGUACUUUGGCCUUUACCUUUGUAUAGAGAUUGGGUCUGGAGCCGUGCUUACUUUAAGGGUUAUAUAACAGUAUCACUUAUUUGGGUAUAUGGAGCAUUAUUAGUAAUUGGUGUUUAUCCAUUGAUAGAUGGAAGACAUUCAGCAACUAAAAUAAUAAGAGGAGUAUAUAAUGAUUACUUAAAAAGAGAUUAA